AUGCGUAUCCUUGUACAUGUACAGCAAGAUAAAGAUGUAAACAAGGAGAGCCUCAGUGUGGAUAUGCGUAUCCUUGUACAUGUACAGCAAGAUAAAGAUGUAAACAAGGAGAGCCUCAGUGUGGAUAUGCGUAUCCUUGUAAAGGUACAGCAAGAUAAAGAUGUAAACAAGGAGAGCCUCAGUGUGGAUACGCGUAUCCUUGUAAAUGUACAGCAAGAUAAAGAUGUAAACAAGGAGAGCCUCAGUGUGGAUACGCGUAUCCUUGUACAUGUACAGCAAGAUAAAGAUGUAAACAAGGAGAGCCUCAGUGUGGAUACACGUAUCCUUGUAAAUGUACAGCAAGAUAAAGAUGUAAACAUGGAGAGCCUCAGUGUGGAUACACGUAUCCUUGUAAAGGUACAGCAAGAUAAAGAUGUAAACAAGGAGAGCCUCAGUGUGGAUACGCGUAUCCUUGUACAUGUACAGCAAGAUAAAGAUGUAAACAAGGAGAGCCUCAGUGUGGAUAUGCGUAUCCUUGUAAAGGUACAGCAAGAUAAAGAUGUAAACAUGGAGAGCCUCAGUGUGGAUACACGUAUCCUUGUACAUGUACAGCAAGAUAAAGAUGUAAACAUGGAGAGCCUCAGUGUGGAUACACGUAUCCUUGUACAUGUACAGCAAGAUAAAGAUGUAAACAAGGAGAGCCUCAGUGUGGAUACAACUGAAAAGGAGGAGGAGGAUGAGGAGGAGGAGGAGGAGGAGGAGGAGGAGGAGGAGGAGAGGCUUCGGCGAAGGGAGAGUUAA